UUAUACAGAGUCCUGAAUCAUUCGUGUAAGGAAACGCCACUGUGUAUUAUUCAGAGAUGGCCAACUGUUCUGCUGUUUAUUUUAUUAUUAUCAUAGUAAUGAUUUCACUAUUAUUAAUGAGAAAAUAACGCGGAAGUUUUUUAGCGCCUCGUCACGUGAUCGUCAGCAUCCAUGGCAACGGUUCUUUUUGUGUUGUUUUGAACUUGCUCUGUCAUUGGCAUCUGAUCUCGGCGUCCUUCGUGGCAACUGAUUCCCAGAUUAUUGAUAUUAUUGAUUGUUGGAUACAUCGAUUGAUCGCCUGCUGCUCCCUUCAUUCAGGUUUGACCCUUGUUAUCACACUGUGUUUUGUGUUUAGUAUGUCUUGUGUUCAUUACAGGUUUCAGAGUCGACUCACCUACGACUCGCUCCAGUUUGAGGGCCUCAACAUCACUGUGGGAGAGCUGAAGCGGCAGAUCAUGAGGCGCGAGAGGCUGAAGUUCUGCCAGCUGAAGAUAAGCAAAGGCCAAACUGAUGAAGAAUACACAGAUGAUGAUGCUCUCAUCCCCAAAAACACAUCUGUCAUCAUCAGACGGGUCCCUGCGGCUGGACUGAAGUCCUCCAACAGAAGAUUUGUUGGACAUCAAGCUGGACCAUCAGCUAAAUCUUCUCAAACAGGUGAUUCUUCACUCCUCUCACUGGAGCAGCUGUUGAAGACUGAGAAUUUGGCUGAGGCAAAGGCAUCAGAGGAGGACAAGCUAAAAGCGGUGAUGUACCAGUCCAGUCUGUGCUACUACUCCAGCAGGGCAGCAGCUCUGCUCCGCACAAGCGCAUCAGGAGGAGCACAGGGAUUCCCCGCAGCUUCCUGUUGGAGGUGGACGACCCAAACCGAAAGGGAGUCAUGAUGGACGGCAGCGGCAAAUACGUCAUUCCCAUCAUAGACGCUGAGGCCUAUGCUGCUGAGAAGAAAAAGAGGCCGUCCUUCUCCUGCCAGACCAAGCCACUGUCCUCCUCUUCCUCAGCUGGUGCAGCAUCUUCAGUCCAGGACGCCAGAGGGAAACGUUCCCGUUCCCCAUCUCCACCAGAGACGCACGGCGACCAGAAGAGACCACGUCACUGAGAGACCUUCACCCAAGAGACCUGGAGCCGACGUGAGCACAGUGUAUAUAUUGUACAUAGUUUAUGAAUAAAACUGAAUAAAGAUUAUAGCAGCA